CAUCGUGCGCAGUGUUAGUAAACUUUGAGUGCACUUGGAACACCGGAUGUCUAGUGCGUGUUUGAACGGUGGAUUGCAGCUCCUAGUGGCGUUUCCUGUUGAGUUCGGAUUACCAACGCUUAUUAACAUGACGUGCCGAACACUCUAAAGUCCUAUCAAUGAAAGUGAGUGAUAAUGGGGGAGCUUCUAGCAUUCAACGGAAAAGCUGGGAAGCUCAAUGAAGGUGUAUUUAAAAAAUUGAAAUUGCUCUGCCAGCCUGAGAAAGCAAAACAAGAAAACGCACCACCAGGCAAUGAAACAACGCUUGUGUCACAAGGUGAUGUCCCUUUGUACAACACGCGUCUUGUUAUACGCACGGUGGAAAAACCUUGGGCGGGUGAUCUCUUUGAGGAAGUUAUAGAGAAUAAACUGGAGCAGACAAUUUUACAUUAUGCAAUCGUUCCCCAAGUGGCCUACUACAGAAAUGCACAGACUGUUAGCUUCGUCGCACCAUUUUUUGGAGGGGGGACCUUAGAUGAAGUCAUACAGAGAGAACGAGAAAAAACAGCAGAGGUCGCAACGAUAAGACCGUCUGAGAGAAAACCAGAAAUAGCAGCGGAAAGUUCGCAAACGUUAGAAUGGAAGGAUAAGUUACGAAUACUUUACCAAAUAUGCCAGGCCAUUGGAUAUCUUCAUCAGCCACCAGAAUGCGAAAGAAAUCCUGUAUCCCAUGGCCACAUUUGCAUGCAAAAUGUUCUAUUGGAUGAGCAGAAGAACGCCCGAUUGUUAUUUCUUGCACCACAAUCGGAUGAAGAAGAAGUUGGGACGGAACAGUUUCAAGAGGACAAAAACAAAGAUGUGCAAGCCUUCAAAGAAAUCACUCACGACGUCCUUGAACAAAGUAGGAAGAAAGCCGCAUCAGAUGUUCUUGCACAUAUACAAAAGGCUGUUACGAUGACAGAUAUAAAAAAAGAAUUGGAGUCGUGUCUCAGAGGAGAGGGUAUCAACUGGUGGACCCAAUCUCAAGACGAUGGAAAAAAGAAAGACAAGUGUGAAAUUUGCUGCGUAAAUAAGCCUGAGAAGACAUUCGUCAAUCUUCCACAUGAUAGAAGUUGUCGUUCCAAAAUACAAAUGUGCGUUGGUUGUCUGUGGAACUGGCGAUACAAUCCCGUCAAGUGCCACUCGUGUAAUCAAGAGAAAAUACAGUCCCCAGUCGGUGAUCAUUGGGGUGCCAUUCUCAUAGCAGGCACAGAUGAAAAGGAGGAGGGCAUAACAAAACGUUUUGAAGACGAUAUAGAAAAGCUGAUGGAUAGAGUCAUUACAAAGGCAACGUUGAUGGGUGUAAGGGACAAUGUAGUCACAGUGAAGAAAUCUAAGACAACGUACGAUGACCAAUUGGAGAAGGCGUUCAAAGAUGUUGAUACUUCAAAGAAUACCACCAUCGUAUUAGUUUAUUCAGGCCAUCAUGGGGAUAAAGGAUUUCAAUUAGACACUUAUACGAUGGCAGACAGUGAGCUUGAGAAGAAAAUCAAUCGUCUUACACAUGUGACGAAAGUAAUUGUAUUUCUAGAUUGCUGUCACCCAAAGAAGCUUAAUCUGGGCAAAAAAGCGGUAUUGCAGUUUAAUGCCGUAACAAGCAAACAAAAAGCUAUCAGUGAACCAACAGGUAGCCAGUUUGUAAAUGACAUUGUCAAUGUAUUGACAAAUCCCUGGGAAUGUGACUGUUGCGAAAAUAAACCUUUAAUAAGAGAUUAUGACAUGUACAAAUAUUUCAACAACCACCCUUACAAUGCGUCGAAAACACUGUCUCAACAAGCAUACACAGAAGGGGACAUUGACCACAUUCUUACGUUUAGACCAUUCGACCCUGGAUGGCUGAAAGCGUUGGAAAAAUCUUUAGAGAGCAGCCCAUUGCAAAAUUUGAGAAAGGAGCUAUUUAAACUAUACAACAACACUGCAAGCACAUUGUCUAUUUCGCUUGACAUCGAUGAUGCACUUGAGAAAAUAUAUGAAAGUCCUAAACUUAUUGUAAUAGAAAAUGGCAAAGACGAAGGGGACGAUAUACCUGAAUACAAGAACAUUUUUCAAAUCAACGAGGGAACAUUGGCUAAAACAAUAUUUGUUGUAGGCGAGCCUGGGUCGGGGAAGUCUUCCCUAUGUAAGAAGAUCGUUCUUGAUUGGUGUGGAACUAAACCAGAAGGACGGACAAUCUAUUCUCGGACACGCACUAAAGAGAACGAAAUGUCAAGUCAAUUUGAAUUUGUGUUUUACAUAAUUCUCCGCGAGGCAAAGACAGAAUGCUACAUAAAGAAAAUGAUAUUAACAAUCCUCGAAGAGAGGAUCGGCAUGGACAAAACACACGGGGAAAAAAUGCUUGGAGAAAUCUUAAAAUCCAAAACCUGUCUGCUUGUCCUUGAUGGUCUGGACGAAUGGCAGCACCCUGAAGGAUGCAAUUUGGAUGAAAGAAUUCCCCAUAUUGAAACAAGUUGGGAAAGCUGCACAAUACUCAUCACAACACGGCCAUACAAACUGGCUGAGCUGAAAAGAAGCCGCUCACUGAUUCGCAAACACGUGAUGGUGAAAGGAGUUUCGAACCCAGAAAAGCUCGUUGAGAAAAUAGUAUCUAGUUUAAAUGAUUUACCUGGCAAAGGACCGUCCAAAGAUCCAGUAGGCACACGCUCAAAACCGAAUCACGGAAUAUGUAUUAAGGAAAUAAAAGAAAACGAAUUAUGGCAUUUCAGCAUAUGCCCGAUCGUGUUAGCUCACAUCGUUUGGCUUUGGUACAAGGGACAGCUUUCGACAGAUAUGAAGCGUUCUGAUAUAUACGAAAUGUUGUUGAAGGAACGUUGGUCUGAAUCGUGCGACAAGAUAAACUCAUCUUCUAGAUCAGAAUACAAGGACGUUAUAUCCACACUGAGCGAAAUAGCAUUUGCAAAGUUAUUUGCUGAAGAUGAAAAUCAAACAAUUGUAUUUGAAAUAGAUGAGGAGAAGAAUGUGAACUUCGCGAGUCACAAAGAUGCAUGUCUUAAAUCUGGCAUCAUAUCCAGCACCAAGGUUCCAGGUGAUUCUCCGCAAUAUUACUUCUUGCACACAACUGUUCAAGAGUACCUAGCGGCACUGUGUAUAUCAAAAGACAGUGCAAAGCGCUUUGUGGAUAUCAAACACUCGUACAAAAACAACAGAGGAGAAAGCGGACUUAAUUUGUCUCAGAUUUUAAUUUUCCUUUGCAGUAUUAAUACAAAAGCUGCUAUAAAAAUUUCAAAAGAAAUGAACAAGCUGUUCACGGUCUUUUGCGAUAGAAAUGGUUAUUCCAUCUGGGAAUCGAGAAUGCUGCAGGAUACGAUCCUACAAGGCCAAAUAGAGCUAGACAGGAGCAACUCCUCAGGGAGGAAAUUGUGCCUGCAGCACAUCUCUAUUGAUGAGUACUCAGAUCUCACACUAAAAAGGAACGCAGCAACCGAUUUAGAACAAUAUGUGAAGACAAAUCAAUCACGAAUAGUGUCAUUGUAUAUCGAUGACGAGCACAAUUUUGCAUUCCUUUUUGCAAACAGAAGGGACGACAAAGUUUUCGAUUUAAAGAAUUUCAAGGGUUUGAAGUAUUUACAUCUUACAAUGACAAGCGUUAAAGAUGUCAUUGGUUUGAAUUUGAGUCAUUUAGUAGAAUGCAGUAUGAGGUUUGCAACUCCCCAACUAGCUCCGAACCUCACAUCAACAUUCUACAACUUUGAUAUUGAGUGCUUGCAAACAAUACAAACAAUCGAUUUGUCAGGUCUGACGGACUUCCACUGGUUACAUAAAGAUUUAGAACGAAAAGGAAUUCAAAAGUUAUUAAAAUUGAAAGGUUUGAGACGAUCACACAGAGGUUCAGAACAAAAAGAAAUUCUUGAUUUACGACGCCUUGGAAAACUUGAGCAUCUUACCGAAGUUGGAUUGAAAAGACUGUCUUACUCAGAUGUUGUGAAUCUACCAGUGUUUAGACUACACAGAUUAGAAGUAGCUUUUAAUGAACUACAGCAAGCAACCCAGUUGAUGUCAACGUUAUUAACACAUGGAACAUGCCAGAAUGAACAGGAAGGACUUUUCUCUCGCCUGAAAGACUUAUACCUGGAAAAUAUUCGCAUGUCAGAGGAGCAGUUCAGACGACUAUUGCAGUCUUUCAUUAAAGCGGGAGGUACGUCAUUGCGGUUGGGGUUCUGUUCCAUAGAACCGGGGGAUGAUGUACCGCAGCUUCAGAAUGAAUGCGAGCAGCAGGUAGUAUCAUCUGAGUGUACAACAAGCAUUAUUCUUUGGUAUCUUACCAUCACAGUAGAGGGGUUUAUUCGGCUUAUUGACUACGUGACCAGAUGCGGUCAUUCCGUGGACUGUGACUUGGACUCAACAACCCUGGAAUCAAACUCUGCUGUUGAACAACCAUCCUUACCGAUGUUGGUUGCACAGCCUAUCUCAGCUGAUUAUACCACGAAGUUGAGACUAUAUUGGAUUAAUAUGUCAACAGAACAAAUUUGUCAAAUCGUCGGUAGGAUUAAUCAACUCGACCAUUCAGUUAAAUUAACAUUAAAGGGGUGUACCGUAAAAUCAGACGAGUACAAUCCGCUGAGGCAUCAGAUGGUGCCUCCUCCAAACACGUCACUAAACUAUACCAAACAUAUUAAGAUCAAACUCAUGAUGCUAUCGGAAACAGUGCUUUGGUAUGUUGCUAACAGUGCCAUUCAUUUUGGAUACACGUGUGAGAUAUCAUAUUGUGAUAUACCGACCAGUAAAGUGCCGCAUGCAGACAAUCUUCACCUUCCCCAGAUGGCUGCCAUCCACUCACCUGCUCAUACAGCAAAAUUCACUUUUUAUGUCGCAUCAAUACCACAACACGUAGUUGAGCGUCUCGCCUGCCAAGCGAAAAUUUCUCAACAUUUGGUUGAGUGUGUGUUAGAUAAGUGUUAUGUAUGGCCUCCUCCGGAAGUCUGGUCAUUGAAGGAAAAGAUGGAGGAAAAGAUGGAGGAAGACCAUGCCAUUCAGAUCGAGAAAUUCAAGUUCGAACCAAACAACGACAAGCCCGACUAUUGGUGGAAAUGGCCCGAAGGUUAUAAGGCGGACCAAACAUGGGACAUUUGUUUUAAAGCAAACGCAAAGAAUAAGCAAGCAGUUCUCGGACACGUGGCUACCAGUAAGCAAGCAGUGUUCGGACUCGUGACUACCAGUAGACAAGCAGUUCUCGGACUCGUGACUACCAGUAGACAAGCAGUGUUCGGACACGUGGCUGCCAGUAGACAAGCAGUUCUCGGACACGUGGCUGCCAGUAGACAAGCAGUUCUCGGACACGUGGCUGCCAGUAGACAAGCAGUUCUCGGACACGUGGCUGCCAGUAGACGAGCAGUUCUUGCACUCGUGACUACCAGUAUUCAAGCUUUUCUCGGACACGUGGCUGCCAGUAGACAAGCAGUUCUCGGACACGUGGCUGCCAGUAGACAGGCUUUUCUCGGACACGUGGUUACCAGUAGACAAGCAGUUCUCGGACUCGUGACUGCCAGUAGACAAGCAGUUCUCGGACUCGUGACUACUAGUAUUCAAGCUUUUCUCGGACAUGUGGCUACCAGUAGGCAAGCAGUUCUCGACGAGUGA